UUAUAACUCAAGUUUUGAAAUAGAUUUGAAAUACUUGACAGAGGGGCCGAAUUAAUGUCGCUCCGAGUUGGAAAAGUACGUAUUUGUACUUAGUAAGAGGAUUUUGGAAUUGGAUCUAAAUACCCUUUGUCUUUUAUCGGAUGACAAUGCCGGAAACAAGUUUGAAUGAAGUAGCCUCACGUCAAGAAAAGGAAAUUCAGUCAAGAGUGACGAUAUCUGUGAUAUGUCUGAUUGCGUGUCUAUUGAAUUUCAUAAUAAUAUGUUUGUUCAACAUGUUUUACCAAGACAAGCUGGUAUUUGUAGAUUAUUUUGUUAUGUUUAUAUGUGUCCUAUCACUGUGUAUAGUCAGACGUGUUACACUGAAAAUAGUAUCUGAUCCUGUCAUUCGGCAUUAUGUGACUGUAAUGAACAGACAAGGCAAACACUUUUACACAUAUCGUUUGUUUAAUAUUAUAAUACAACCUAUAGGCGUUCUUGAAACUUUACUAUUUAAAUGUUUUAAAAAUAUGCUCAAAUGUUUCAAAUUUAUUCUGUGGAUUUCAUUCCUAUACUUGGUAUGGGGUGUUGUUUUAUUUUUUCUGUGCUAUACUACAUCGGAUUUCUACGCUUCGCAAUAUCAACACCUGUUCGUUUCUAACUUUUCAUUUGAAUCAAGAAGUCCAUCCAUUUGGCCUUCGCUGGACUCUCAUUCAUUUAUGAAUAAGGUUUGCAGUAAGACAGAAACAUUCGAUAUAUCGGCUUUUCAGACAAGAAACACAUUAACAUACAAAAUUGAAAGUGAAACGUGUUAUUGUGCCACAGAUAUUGAGAAUACUGCUAUGGAAAAUGUGCGUAUGGAAUUAAAAUCCCCUGGUGAAUUCGUAAAUUUACGGUGUACAAUUACGAAUGUACAAUUCACGGCUAGUCUUCAUAAUUUGACAGUAGUGUGGAAAAAAGACAAUCGGUUGAUACAUGUCGAUGAUCAAAAUAUGAAAAUAAAUACUUCCAUUACCACAAACGCAGAAUAUAUCACUAUAGAGAGUUAUCUUAUCAUUUCGUAUAUUGACGAAGGGGACUAUGGACGAUAUAUGUGUCAGGUAGUGACAAAGGCGUUCUUAGGGGAGUGUAUAAUAAAUCGGACAUUGAGGAUACCCUCAGAAAUUCUAACUGUGACCUAUACUAAUCUUUAUAGUCAGCAGAUACUGAAAAAAUACUCCGGAAUUCAGGAUGUGAUAUUCGUACCACUUGGGAAUGAAUUGCAUCUAUUUUGGUAUCCGUUGACUCUAGCAAUCGAAGGGAAUUCGAAGAAUAUUCAACAAACAUACUCUAUAAACGGAAAAGAGACACAGAAGAUGCCACGUGGCGCCUCGUGUAGCGGCUGUUCUUACCUAACAAGAAUGUUCUCCAUUUGCGGUGGGUUAAGACACUGGUUUAUUGUACCUUUGCGCUGUUCAUUGAUGGAAAAUAUAUUUCACAUUGAUCAUGGGCAUAUCGUUUCAGUGUUUUCGAUGUGUGCCGAUACUUCUGUUUAUGGUAUUCAUAAAAUUGUAUUCAGGCGCCUGAAAUAUGACAAGGAAAAGAAAAGAUUCGUUAAUGUCACGGUUGAGCAUCCUGAUACUUAUGUAGUACUUCCAGAAAUGCCAUAUGCUUAUCAAUUAGACAAUUAUUCUAACAGUGAAAAAGUGAACAAGGUGAUGCUGCACCUGAAGCAUGGCAACCUAACAAGGGACGCUAUUCUUGACGAUUCUCACGUGGUGUCACUUAAUAAGCGAUAUUAUUUUGAAACAAUCGCUGUCUUGAUUGCACCAUUGGUUAUAUACAUGUUAUUCUUGCACAGAAAUAAAAUAUCCGAUUUACUGCGUUGGAAAAUUCCUCUUGAAUUGUCAGAAAACCGGUACAGAUACACGUGUUAUGUAUUUUGUUGUGAUGAAGAUAAAACUGACGUCACGAGUCAGCUGUACAAUAAGCUGUUGGAGGACAACAUGGAAGUGGGUAUUAUACUCAAUAACUGUGAAUUGAACAACCCCGGGAGAAAAAAUAGCGAAAUUACAUCCGACAUCAUUGAUAAUUCAUUGUCAUUGAUAUUCUUCAUAUCGCCAUCAUAUUUAGCGGAUACAUAUUGUAAAAAUUAUCAUUUGAUUCCCGUUAUGGAAAACAUGAAAACUAGGAAAAUACUUGCUAAUAAAGUACUUUUCGUCAUGGUUAACCACGCUAAGUUACCAAAGAACAUAGGUUUUGACACUCAAAGUGUUUCAAAAGUAAAAUGGAGAACAUCUAAUAGCCAUUCUGCAUACAACCAAGUGAAGAAUUGGAUACCAGUGGAAGUGCUUCGAUUUCCAGAGAGGUGUUUAAUGGGAGAAUAUGCUUUAAUCAAGAGAGGUGAAAUUAUUUAAAAUGUCAGCAUCAAUCCUCCUAGGCACCUGAUCCCACCUCUGAUGCUUCCAGGGAUCCGUGUUAGCCGUUCUCUGAAUUUUUUAUUCUUGAUAGAAUUUUUGAAAUUGAUGGCGAUUUAGUAUAAAAAUGUUCUUUAACCUCUCACUAUGUUAAUGCAGAAGUGUAUCUAUUUAAGUUUUGUAGUGUUAGCUUUUUCACACAUAGUAUUUUAAAUGUAAAGCGUAUUGUUAUUAAAUAGAAUUAAUGUGUUUUGUUUUUCAUUAAAUGAUCAAUACGUA